UGCCACCUUUAAAGAUGAAGGUCGUUUGGCACCUGAAGUCAUGUCGUACUUUUCACACCAGUGUACUUUGUCCUCAGUGGCGCUUGAAAUUACUUGAAAACACAGUCGUUCACUGUCAUGUUUUCACAGUACCAGUAAACCACUUCUUUUCAACUCGUAAAAAAGAUGUAAUCUCUGAUAUGAUAAUUACUACGAUCUACAGAAUCAACUUACGAUAUUCACGAUUCCUAAUUUAAUUACAGCUUCACGAAUCACACUUAUCCCUUUUAUUGUUAAAUCUAUUUUUUGCUGUGAUUUGAGUAUGGCUUUAGGUCUUACUAUCGUUGCCGGAUUCACAGAUACGUUAGAUGGGCUUAUAGCCCGAAAUGUGUCCAACCAGGCCUCAAAUGUUGGAAGUUUUUUGGACCCUCUUGCUGACAAACUUCUUGUGACUUCUUUGGUUUUGUCAUUGACGGUGAUGGAUUUUUUCCCAGUCAGUCUUGCCUGUCUUUUUAUUUUCCGUGAUUUGGGAAUAGUUAUCACAGUUUUGUCUCUAAUGUUCCGGAAUUUCGGUUCACUUACUACGAAGAUAUUCACCGAGAAAGUUGAAAUGAAGGCAUCAAAUAUCAGCAAGCUGAAUACUCUUUGUCAAUUAUCGAGUAUCAUACUUAGCAUGACAUAUCCUUUGUAUGGACUCCCUAACUACGAAUACCUAAAGGUUGUAUGGCUUCUUUCAGCUGGAACUACAAUUGGAUCUGGUUUAGGAUAUUUAAAGAGUUUACCAGAAUGGCGGAAACGGAUGGCUGAAAUCUCCACACAAAAAAAUAGAUAGAUAAACUAUUUUAUUUUGUACACGGUUUUUUAAUCAACAAUUUAUAUCAAAUUGUAUCUCUUUCAACGAAAUGGUUGUCUUCAUUGUCAACAGUUUACAUAUAUAUAACAUGUUAUGAAAACUAACCGUUUGAUUGAAUAAAGUCCAGAGAAAUAAACUAUUAUAAAGAAAAUAAAUGAGAAUAUCCCAUAUACAAUUUGAAAACAAUUAUCACCUAUUAACUUAUGAUAAUUUACUCUAUUAAAGUUUAAUGCAUAAAUCUUAAUAUAAACUUAAAGAAUGAUUUCAUGUUAUUUAAAAGUCAAAUCGUCAUCUCUGUUCACUUUCAACUGAAUGAUUCAAAGUGAAUACACACUUACCA